ACCUGCUGGUUUGUUGCCCAUGUGCUAGCAGCUGGCGGCAGUUCUCUCGGAAAUCGCUGGGGUUGGGUUCCGCGGGCGCUACCUGCCCAUCAAAAUUAUUUGUUAACUUUAGAAUAUUUUCGCUGGAAUUAUUUCAUGUGACCAAGAAGUACGAGGAAAUCUUCACUGCGCUCCAAACUCGAUGUGGACAAACCUCGGCGACCUUCCCUUAUUGCAGAAAUGUGAACCCCUGGCUCAGGAACAUGAAACACAGAAGUUUUGAAAUGUUUUACUGCUUUGUUUUCUUCACCCUUUUUGAAUUCAGCUUAGGUUCAGAAUCUGCGAGAAGGCAACCCUAACUUUUGAAGGCUGAGGGAGACCGCACUAUGGCCGAAUCCGUCAAGGUGCUGGUCCGAUGUCGGCCCAUGAACAGUCGAGAGAAGGGUCUCAACUGUGAGGUGGUGGUGUUCAUGGAGCCGAGCGUGAUGCAGGUCUCCAUCGUCAACCCGGCCGACAAGAACGCGCCGCCAAAGUCCUUCACCUUCGACGGCGUCUACUACAUGGACUCCAUCACCGAGAACAUCUACAAGGACAUGGCCUACCCGCUGGUCGAGGGCACCCUCGAGGGCUACAACGGCACCAUCUUCGCCUACGGACAGACCGGCUGCGGCAAGUCGUUCUCCAUGCAGGGCAUCAAGGACCCGCCCACGCAGGUCGGCCUAAUCCCGCGUGCGUUCGAGCACAUAUUCGACGUGACCUCCACUUCGGAUGAGUCCAAGUUUCUGGUGCACGGAUCCUACCUGGAGAUCUACAACGAGGAGAUCCGCGACCUGCUGGGCGUCGACUCCAAGAAGAAGAUCGAGUUGAAGGAGCACCCGGAGAAGGGCGUCUACGUGCAGGACCUGACCAAACACCCGGUGGCCAACACCAAGGAGUGCGAGGCGCUCAUGGCCAAGGGCUGGAACAACCGAUCCGUCGGCGAGACGCUGAUGAACAAGGACUCGUCGCGCUCGCACUCCAUCUUCACCAUCUUCAUCGAGAUGAUCACGCCGGCCAAAAAGCCGGGCGCCAAGGACAACAUCCGCGCCGGCAAACUGAACCUGGUCGACUUGGCCGGCUCCGAGCGACAGGGAAAAACGGGUGCCACCGGCGAUCGUCUGAAGGAGGCCACCAAAAUCAACCUGUCGCUGUCCGCGCUGGGAAACGUCAUCUCGGCCCUGGUCGACGGCAAGAGCAAACACAUCCCCUACCGAGACUCCAAACUAACCCGACUACUGCAGGACUCUCUGGGAGGCAACACCAAGACGAUGAUGGUAGCCUGUCUGUCGCCGGCCGACAACAACUACGACGAGACGGUCAGCACCCUGCGCUACGCCAACCGCGCCAAACAGAUCAAGAACAAGCCCAAGAUCAACGAGGACCCCAAGGACACCCUGCUCAGGGAGUACGCCGAGGAGAUCAAGAAGCUCAAGGAGCAGCUGGAGUCGGCCGGCGGGCCCGCCCAGGUCAAACUCGAGAAAGUUGUGGACGAGGAGGCGAUCCAGCGCGAGCGGGAGAAGCUCAAGGCCGAGUACGAUCAGGAGAUGAAGAAGAUGAAAAAGGAGCUGGAGAAGCAGCAGAAGGCCGGCGGCGGCAGCGGACCGCCCGACCCGGCCGAAGUGGAAAAACAGGCCGCCAAAAUACGGGCCGAGUUCGAGGAGCGGGAGCGCAAAAUGAGGGAGGAGCUGGAGGCUCAGAAAGCCAUGAUGUCCGGCGGCGCCAUACCGCAAAACGUCGACCCAGAGGUCUACGAAAAACUGCGCGUGCUGCAGCAGCAGAUCGUGGGCGGAGAGUCGGCCAACGACCAGCAGGCGGUCAUGAAGCGCCGCAAACAGAACGAGGAGGUGCAGCGGCGCAGGAAGGAGAUCGCCGCCGCGCUCGGACGCAGCGCCGCCGAGGACGAGGACGAUGACGAGAUACUCGUCAAGGCGUACGACGACGUGCAGUCGACGCUGCGCGCGCGCACAGACCUCGCCAAGAAGAUGAAGAGCCGGCUGAAGGCCCAGGAGCAGGAGAUCCGCGACAUCCAGCGCGAGUUCGCUGUGGAGCGAGACGACUACCUGGAGACGAUCCGGCGCCAGGAGCAGGGCAUGCGCCUGCUGGAGCAGCUGCUGGCGCGCGUGCAGCCCACCAUCCGCAAGGACUGCAACUACUCCGACCUGGAGGCCAUCAAGAAGCAGGCCAUCUGGGACGAGGUGGAGCAGAAGUGGCGGCUGCCCGAGCUGCAGCUGCAGAAGACCAAGCUGCCGCCGCCCGUGCUGGGUUUCGGCGCGCCGACCACCAGCACCAAGUACAAGGGUCCCGGCGGCACGGACUGGGCCCAGGAGGAGACGCGCAUCUCCAAUCGUCUGGAGCGCGGCGCCGAGGAGAAUAUCGCCGGCUCCUACUUCAAACACCCGACCAACACGCGCCAGGCGGAGAUCCUGUUCAAGACGCAGCUGGCGGCCGAGCAGGCUGCCAAACAGGGACAGGGCUACAUGGACCCUGCCGCCUACUGGACCAAGAGCGCCCCGCCCAGUCCCACAGGAUCCAACCACAGCUUUGCACCUAUGGGGAGAGGCUUUCAGCCGGACGCGCGAAAGCCGGCGCGUCUGGCUCCGGUCGGCGGCGGCGGCGGCAAGAAGAACUUCAUGGCCGCCCUAUAGCCGGCGCCGGCGGGGACCGCGCCGGCGCCGUGACUGGUCAGUCGGCCGGCUCAGGUCAGUCCGGCCCGGUCCGGUCAGUCCUGCUGGUCAGGUUAGUCCGGCCCGGUCUGGUCAGUCCUGCUGGUCAGGUCAGUCCGGCCCGGUCAGGUCAGUCCGGCCCGGUCUGGUCAGUCCGGCCCGGUCAGGUCAGUCCUGCUGGUCAGGUCAGUCCUGCUGGUCUGGUCAGUCCUGCCCGGUCUGGUCAGUCCGGCCGGUCCCGUUACGUUCAGGAGGCGGGCGGAGGCGGCGACGGGCGCCGUUGGCCGCACUGGGCCGGCGGUCUGCCCGGCCUGGAUGCCGCCCGGCCGUUGUGAUACCGUCCUUAUGAAGCAGGGAGAGAUACCAGUGCCUUGUGGCCGUCGGGCCAGACCUCUCAGACGGAGAGCCAGCUAGUUAGCGGAUAGCCACCGAUAGAUCCGACUGACCCGGGAUCCCCCGGGACGGAGCCACUCGUAGAGCGGGCGGGCAGUAUUAAACCGGUGGACCAACACGCCACUACCAGUGCCUACCAGAAUAGGGUCGUCACACGCGGCGGCCGAUAGCCAUUUUAUGGAGCUGUUUAUUGUUAGCUGAUGGAGUCCGGGUGUCUCGCCGGGGAAAUUGGUGCGUCCAUCGCGCGUUGUUCUCGAUCUGCGGCAAUACGAUACCGAUGGUGAUGUACAAUCGUAGCGUCUGACGGGGACGGUUUGUAUACCAGUGCAAUAUUUCAGAGCAGCUAUUCUAUGACUCGGUCUCAUGCCAUUGUCCUGUACCUAAUGUACCGUUCUGCGGUUCAAAUAUAAAUGUGUGCGUCCUGAA